UUUCGUCCCGACUCGAGUUGUCUCGUCUGAAUGGAGCCCCGUGCACAUGGCAGGAUCGGAAGUUUAUGACUGGAGCCUAAUUUCUUAACAAUAAUUAACUAUUUAAAGCUAAACCUCCUGUCUGCAUGAUAUACGCUAUAUGGUAGAAAAGACAAAAGCAGCAAUGGAAGAGAAUGCGCCGCAAAGUGACGACCUUCCGCAGAAAAAACCCGUCAUGUUUAUGGGUCGGAAUCUGGAGGAAAUUCCCUGUUUGAAGACAGUUUUUCAGACGAGUAUCGCGAGUGGGCUGGGCAUCGGACUUGCUACAUUCAUGUUCACGAGUAGGCCUAAGCGAGCUGCUGACGCGGGGUUCUAUUCAUUCGUCGCCAUCACAACCUUUUACUGGUUCUACUGUCGCUACCAGUAUUCGGUGCAGAAGUUCAACUACCAAAAGCUGCAAAAGUACAUGAAGCAUGCCGUAGUCCUGGAAGGCACAAAACACGACCCGACCACGGCCGAAACGACGCCGAAAGAAGCAUAGCGCGUGUGAAACAACUGUUGAGAUUUUAGGGUUUAAUUCAUAUGUACAUAGAUUUGGGAAUGGGCCCAAGAAUGCCACAAGAAAGAUGUGA